UCUCUUUCUUUCAUCAAACAGCAAGCAGAAGUCCAAGAAGACAGCAGUGAUGAUGAUGAUGUUGAUGAUGAUGAAGUCUUUGGUUUUAUAAGCUUCUUAAACUUAACUGAAAGGAAGGGUACACAAUGUGCUGAACAAAUCAAAGAGCUGAUUCUGAGUCGGUGUGAGAAGAGCUGUGAACAGUGUGUAGUUGAACAGCUGGAUAAGCUCCUGAAAGAUGAUACUAAGCCUGUGGGUCUGCUUCUGAGUGAAAGAUUCAUUAAUGUGCCACCACAGAUUGCUUUGCCCAUGCACCAGCAGCUCCAGAAAGAAUUAAAGGAGGCACAGAGAACAAACAAACCUUGUGGAAAGUGUCACUAUUACCUUCUUAUCAGCAAGACCUUUACAGAUGCCACAAAGAAUUCUAAGAAGAAGGAAGGGAGAAAUCGGCAAAAGGAGGAAUUAAUGUUUGCAAAUGCAGAGGAGGAGUUCUUUUAUGAGAAUGCUCUUCUGAAGUUCAGCUACUCUGUGCAAGAGGAAAGUGACAGCUGUUUGGGUGGCAGAUGGUCCUUUGAUGAUGUACCAAUGAAACCUUGGCGGACUGUCAUGGUAGUUCCAGCUGAUGGAAUGAAUGUAAUUAUGGAUAAACUCAAAGACUAUCUCUCAUUAUGAACUUUUUUCUAAAGCAGACAUGCAGUGCUAUAUAUUUUCAGAAGACUACCAUGGAGUUAAUGGUGUUGUACUGCUCAAAGCUUCCUUUGUACACUUAGAAGACAAGUAGAUGACUCGACUAAAAAUAUCUAUCAAAUGACUGUUUUAAUAUAUUGUAUCUUAGCAUUCUUUGGUAUCAUCGUUAAGCAGUCAAUAAAAAUCCAGUGUUACAAGAAAACUUGAA